AUGCUUAACGGCCCCAUCUAUGGAUCAAUCAGGGAAAUAGACAACGGCCGAGGGAUCGCUUCAGAGACCAAUGAAAGCGACGACACCGAGGAAUCGAUUUUUGAUAGGGAUCCUUCAAGCAGUGCCUGGACCCGGAAUGUGAAAGACUUUGUGAAGCUCACCCGCCUUAUCAAACCCGAUGGUCUCCGCCGACUUCAAAUUCGAGCAAUUAGCGUUAUCAUCGGUCUUCUCGCUUCCACUUGCAUAAACUUCCUAGUUCCUAUCCUGACUGCCCGUGUCGUGAACGAACUAUACAGCAACGACACCGACGCACCAUGGGCUGGGGUUAUGAUUUUGUCUGCUCUCUGCUUCUCCGGCUCUGCCAUUACAUUAAUCUGCGAAUACCUCUGGAUUCCCUUCAAAUGCUUCAUAAAGGAAACUUUAAGCCGAAAGGCUUAUUCGCAUUUCCUUCACCUCUCCUCUGAUUUCCACAACGCGGAGAACAUUGCCGAGAAGACAACCUCGCUCCAGGGUGCAAAUGUGAUGUCAGAAGUUCUCGAAUUUUCCUUCCUCCGAUUCUGUCCAUGGCUUGUGCAGUUAUGUUCGGCGACCAUUUACUUGUCUAUCGUUAUGGUACCCUACCAAGGUUUCAUACUGGCCGGAAGCAUGUUUAUACAUCUCUUUCUAACCAGCAAACUUGCUCAUGAGGUUGCAUGGGAAAACGAGGCACUCUCAAAGCUGUUUCAAAAAGAACAGUUGAUCAGGCAUAACGGAUUUCGAGGAUCGAAGACUAUACAAGCCCUGAAUCAGAAUGGCUACGAAGACAAUCUCCACUCUAAUGCGGUAUCCACACGGAUGUGUCAAGUCAAGACAUACGCUCAAAGACGGGGUCAAGUAGCUGGUUUCCAAAGAUUCUUACUAGCCCUUGGCCUAACCGCGACGGUGGGGGCAGCAACAGUCGGACACCUGGCAAUGCUCAUCGUGUUCUGGUCCCAACUCCAGACCCCAAUCCGCUCUCUCUCAAGGGCCGUCCAAAACACGAGCCAGGGAUUUUCACAAGCUGCUGCAUUCUUCAGGCUGUUGCGUAGAACACCUAUCGUGUACAACAGGCAGAAUGCUCGACCCUUGAAGCGUAUUGCCGGAAAGGUCAAAUUUGACGGCGUAUCUUUCGCCUAUAGUGAACAAAAGACUGUUAUUGAUAACGCAAGCUUUGAAGUAGCUGGCGGCGAAACCGCUUACAUUAUUGGGGACAAGGGAUCAGGAAAGUCAACGCUUCUUAAUCUUCUUAAUCGAUCAUUCAAUGUAACCAAGGGCGCCAUUCUCAUUGAUGGCCAAGACAUUGGUGAUGUCGACCUUUUUAGUCUACGAGAUAGGGUCGGAAUUCUUUCAGACACGUGUUAUAUUUUUGAUGACACUAUCUCGAACAACGUGCGAUAUAGUCGUGUCACAGCAAGCGACAGCGAGGUAUUCCGGGCCUGCAAGGCGGCUGUCCUUCAUGACGAUAUUCUACGGUUCCCUCAAGGUAACUAG